AGACAUACAUGGAAUUUGACUCGGCGGUUGGUGCAUGACGGAAGACAUGUACAGUAAUGACAACGUAGUGCAGCAAUAAGAUAAAUAUAAAAGUAUAAUCAAUAUAUGCUAUGGGUCAGUAUGCUAAGGCUGGGAGUUAGUAGAUAAUUAGAUGAUCUCUCACAUAAGUAUUAAUAUCAUCACGUGAGCAAUGGAAUACUACCAUCUUGGCUAAAGACUAGGUUUCCAUGAUACAUUGGGACAUUAUACUUUAAUAACCAUGGCAUAAUGAUAACAACAAUGAUAAUAAAACAAUAUAAAAAUCACAGUGAACAGAAUUACAAAAUGCAUUUGUUGACCAUCGGUAUACAAUGAGAAUAUUAAUAUAACGUUAAAUGAAAUCAGUAUGUGUCCAUGAUAAAGUAGUGCUUGUGUGCCUCCCCUCCAGUCCUGCGUCUCUGUCUCCCCCUCCUGUCCUUAGCAACAGCCUGCGUUUCCCUUUAUUAUUUUCCACUCAUUCCUCUCAGUUUAAAAUGGCGGCGUUGAGCAGCGCCGAGACCCAACCGCCCGUCUUUAACGGAGACACCGCGGAGCGGGAGCCGGGCCCGGAGGAGCUGGGUCCGCAGGAUGAGGAGAUCUGGAAUAUCAAACAGAUGAUAAAGUUGACACAAGAACAUUUAGAGGCCCUUCUGGACAAGUUUGGAGGAGAACACAACCCUCCUUCCAUAUAUCUAGAGGCAUAUGAGGAGUACACCAGUAAACUGGACGCCCUGCAGCAGAGGGAGCAACAGCUGCUGGAGGCCAUGGGCAACGGCACAGACUUCUCCUGCUCCCCCUCUCCCAUGCCAGCCCUCCUGGAGGCCAUGAGCGGAGGUUGUGGGGUGGCUGGAGGGGCUCAGGCCUUUCCCUCGGCCCCCAAUACCUUGGCUGUCUUGCAGACCCCCACCGACACUGGUCGAGGCAACCCUCGCUCCCCCCAGAAGCCUAUCGUUAGGGUCUUCCUGCCCAACAAACAAAGAACAGUGGUCCCAGCUCGCUGUGGGAUGACUGUGAGAGACUCACUGAAGAAAGCUCUGAUGAUGCGAGGCCUAAUUCCAGAGUGCUGUGCAGUCUAUAGGAUACAGGACGGAGAGAAGAAACCGAUUGGCUGGGACACCGACAUCUCCUGGCUGACCGGAGAGGAGUUACAUGUAGAAGUUUUGGAAAAUGUUCCGCUCACCACGCACAACUUUGUAAGGAAGACCUUCUUCACACUGGCCUUUUGUGACUUCUGCAGAAAGCUGCUCUUCCAGGGUUUCCGCUGUCAGACCUGUGGCUACAAGUUCCACCAGCGUUGCAGCACCGAGGUUCCCCUGAUGUGUGUCAACUACGACCAGCUAGACUUGUUGUUGGUGUCCAAAUUCUUCGAGCAUCACCCGUUUACCCAGGAGGAGGUCUCCUCAGAGGGAACGACCCCUGUGUCAGAGGCUUGUCCAUCACUACCCCCAUCAGAUUCCACCGGUUCUAUGUGCCACACCACUUUGUCCCCGUCCAAGUCCAUACCCAUACCGCCCAGCUUCCGGCCAAAUGACGAGGACCACCGCAACCAAUUUGGCCAGCGGGACCGCUCGUCCUCAGCCCCCAACGUCCACAUCAAUACCAUUGAGCCCGUCAACAUUGAUGACCUGAUUGGAGAUCAAGGAUUGCAACGGUCAGAUGGAGCCCCCCCGACCCACCCCGCCCGCUGCUUGAGGAAGCACCGAACACGGACCUCAAGCCCCCUCCUAUACUCCUACCCCAAUGACAUAGUAUUUGAUUUUGAGCCUGAGCCUGUUUUCCGAGGUUCCACCACCGGUCUCUCUGCGACGCCCCCCGCCUCUUUACCUGGCUCUUUGACCAAUGUCAAGGUUGCACAGAAGUCCCCAUGCCAACAGAGGGAGCGCAAGUCAUCGUCCUCGUCCGAGGACCGCAAUAAGAUGAAAACCCUGGGGAGAAGGGACUCCAGUGACGACUGGGAAAUCCCGGAGGGUCAGAUCACUCUUGGUCAGAGAAUAGGCUCUGGAUCAUUUGGAACUGUCUUCAAGGGGAAAUGGCACGGUGAUGUGGCAGUGAAGAUGCUGAACGUAACUGCUCCCACACCACAACAGCUUCAGGCCUUUAAGAAUGAAGUGGGAGUCCUUAGGAAAACACGUCACGUUAACAUCCUCCUGUUCAUGGGCUACACCACUAAACCUCAGCUGGCUAUUGUGACCCAGUGGUGCGAAGGCUCCAGUCUGUACCACCACUUGCACAUCAUCGAGACCAAGUUUGAAAUGAUCAAGCUGAUUGACAUCGCCCGGCAGACCGCUCAGGGCAUGGAUUACUUGCAUGCCAAAUCAAUCAUCCACAGAGAUCUGAAGAGCAACAAUAUUUUCCUCCACGAGGAUCUGACCGUGAAGAUAGGUGACUUUGGUCUAGCUACAGUCAAGUCCCGCUGGAGUGGCUCCCAUCAGUUUGAACAGCUGUCUGGCUCUAUACUAUGGAUGGCCCCAGAGGUGAUACGACUGCAGGACAAAAACCCCUACAGCUUUCAGUCGGACGUCUACGCAUUCGGCAUCGUGCUGUAUGAGCUGAUGUCAGGUGCCCUGCCCUACUCCAACAUCAACAACAGAGACCAGAUCAUAUUUAUGGUAGGUCGAGGUUACCUGUCUCCCGACCUCAGCAAGGUGCGCAGCAACUGUCCUAAGGCCAUGAAGCGGCUGAUGGCUGAUUGCCUGAAGAAGAAAAGAGAGGAAAGACCCCUCUUCCCUCAGAUCUUGGCGUCCAUUGAGCUGCUUGCACGCUCAUUACCUAAAAUCCACCGCAGCGCCUCAGAGCCUUCGCUAAACCGAGCCGGCUUUCAGACGGAGGACUUCAGCUUAUACGCCUGUGCGUCGCCCAAAACCCCCAUCCAAGCUGGCUGCUACGGGGAGUUUUCGGCGUUUAAGUAAGUGUUGCAGAUCCCAAAAGUCCAUCUCUCUUCGCCACUUCUCAAAAGUCUCGUGCCCAUGGGGUGGAUUCAUCCAUUACUGAAAAAACAGAAAAAAAUAAAUAUCCUUAUUUCACCCUGAAGAGGGCAGCUUUACUGGUUCCUUACCACAAAAGCUGUCCACCAGGCAAAAAUCAAAAGACCCAACCCAUUAGAAAAAGAACACAAUCAAAAAACUUGGAUGGCACAGAAGAAAUGGAAUAAAACAAGACACAGCGCUAUCCGUACCUAAGUGGUUUUGAAGCUGUGACGUCAAACAGAUGGACUUUCCUGCUGGAGGGAAAAGAUGAAAGCAAGGAGAGGUGGAGGUUCAACUCUAGGGAGCCCCUGGUCCCAUCAUUUCCUUUGCAGCAGAGUUGUUUGUCAGCAAGGUGCGUAACUGCUCUGUGGAGGGACCGCAGAAACAAAGAUGGUGCGAGGAGUAGGGACCUGCUGUCGGCCCAUUGAGAUAGAAGGCCACUUGUGAGACGGCCGUUAACCAAUACCCGAAAUGAGCUCCAAGUCACUCAGCAGGGUUUACCCUUACGGAAGCUGACUAAAAAGAUCUGUUUUUAUUUUUUAAUUUGUUCACCAUUAGAAUGCUGACAAUUUUCUCUGUCUAUAUGAAGAAGAAAGCUUUUCUUCCGGUCACACACACACACACACACACACACACACACACACACACAAUGAACCCAUACGAACGGUAAAUACCUUUUACCUGAAACAGUAACAGCUGUUUAUCUACUGAACAAAAAAUAUGAGCCUUUAUUUGGGAGGAAAAAUGCUCAUUUGUGUUACGAUAAAAGAUCUACGAGAGGGAUUUCUCAUUAAAAAACCCUUGUCUAACCAACCAAAUGAGAUGCUUUUUGUUAGACGCUCUAGCGCUAUUGGAAAGACGCUCUUUUCAAAGGUUUUCAUGUGAUGUGAAACAUAACAGAAGCGUGUUCUGUUAUGUUCUACUAGAAGCAGUUUACUUUGUUUAAAGAGCCUGGUCAAAGCCAAGCUAGUAGUCUGCCUUUACACUGACUUAGAGUGUACAGUAACUUGUAACACAGCAUCUUUCUAGCAAAGCUUUAUUUUUCCUCUCAGUUUUUUUUAUCCACUAAACCCAACCUCAGACUUUUCUUUUCUUUUUUUCUCAUGUGGCUUUACUAUUGCACUCAACUUAUUGAUAGGGACAUCACUCACAGCUGCUGACAGAUGAAAUGCACUGUUGCCUGCCGAAAGGAACAAUGAUCCUCCGGAGAGAUCUGUUGGUAACAAAAAGUUUGAAAAUGUCAUUUCAAUCGCACCAUUUACAUUAUCUACACACAUGCACCAAAAGCUUAUUUAAUUUCAGUGUGUCGACUGUUUCAGAUGUUAUUACAGGUUGUUUUUUUUUAUUUGUUAUAGUCAGUAUUUGCCUUUUUCUGUACAGGCAGGCCUGCAGAUAGCUACCUAUUUCUUUUUUGUUUGAAUUUAAGUACUGCUUUCUUUUGAUGCUUGUUUACGUUUUGUACUUGCACUUGUAGAGAUGGAUUGAAGCAAACGAGCAACUUGCCUUUUUCUUUUUGUUAUUAAAGACAUAGCAUAGCUGAUGACCCAAAACAAAAUUUCCGAUGCAUGAGCCAUCAGCAGGGGAUGAGCUGAACACUUUGCCGGGAACUCUGUUGUUAUCUAACGAGUGUUUGAUAAAGCUAAAGUAUGCCGAGUAUGUCACAGUACCGUCACUGGUGAAGUCUGAUAAAUGGAUCUGGAGUUGGAACACGCAGCUGAAGAAUCUAGCCAAACACUAUCAGACUGGUUCAUCUCAUCAUUGUGAAUUUGAUGUCUUUCAAUCACCCAGCCCCUGCGCCCUUUCCUCACACAUGUUAUUGCCUCUCAUUUAUGUGCCUACAGGACAGAGAUAGGGCCAUGGUUCAAUAUGUUUGGCGUUGUUUAAUCAAGACUGGCAGCAUAGGGGCAGGGGAGACUCGUACUCAGCAUGGCCAUGCAUCACUAGUCAUUUGUCAAAACGUGUUUUACCUUAAACAUGUCCACAAUACAAACUGAUAGGAAAUCUUAGCUCAAUUAACCAUGUGAGAUUGAAUAUGCUAGAAAGUGACAAACAGGAUUUAAUCAAAAGAAAGGGACUUGUUGUUGUUACAUUAUUUUUUCAUAUUCUUCUUCCAUAUCUAAUAAAUAGCUAAAAAGACUGAAUCCCCAUGCAUUAUAUUUUUAACAUUCUGGCCGGCACCCAGAACUCCUAAGAUAUUAAUUCAUAUUUGAGAGACUAGAGGCAAAUUGAUGUUUAUUCAUGUAUUUUAUUACGUCAGUGACGUACUUUACAUUACAUUAUUUUCAGUGUUGGAGAAGCUAAAAUGUUAGCAUAGCAAUAGUUGAUCCAAACUCUAUUCCGAAAAUAUUACACUACAUUUAGCUGAUCCUUUUAUCCAAAGCGACUUACAUUGCAUACCCAUGCAUUACAUUUUAGCCUGGAGAGCAAAUAGUGGUCACUUGGACAUGGCACAUGGAGCAGCUGGGAUUUGAGCCACCAACCUUGCAGCUCCCAGCGCAUCACACUACUCCGUGCACCACCAUCACCCAUUAGCAUUUUUAAAGUUGUUUGCUGAUUGUCUUGCAGAUAAACCUGACAAGCCAUGAAAUCAAUAUUUCAGACUUUACAAAUUGGCAUGGUAAUAUAGUGAUUUUGGCGUCUUUUUGAACAAUUUAUUGUAAUGACAUUACAGCUAAAUCUCGAUCAUGGGUGCAUGCAGCUGUAGUAAACACACAUUCAUUCAGCCAAUUAGAAAGGUUGGUGUCAAAGAUGCACUAAUUUUGAACUGUAACUCCCUGGUGUGUCUUGUAAAGUGAAAAUUUGCUUUGCAAUUGGUUUGAACUUUCAUUUGGUUUGGACACCGCAUAAAGGAAUUAUUCUAUUAAGUAAUGUUCACAUGGAGCUUUGUUUUCUUCCAACACGUGCUGGUCUAAGCAGCACAUGCCUUCAUGUUUGUUCAUUGCACUGCAGACACUUGUUGAGCACAAACCGGUGUUUCGGGGGUUUUCGAGUCCACUCCAAGAAACACCUUGUAGUGGCCUGGUUUCACCCAUAGAUUCUAAGGGCUUCUAACCCAUACUUGACUUUCACUGGUAUGCAGGUGAAGGUUAGACUAAUCUAUAGAGAUGAUGUAGGCCUUUGUUUCAAUAUUACAUAUCCCUCAGUCAUGGAACUCUGAUUUUUCAGAGCUCCUCUCUGAGAAACCACAGAUGACAUGUUGGACAUGUAGGACUUUUCAGCCAAUGAUUGCCCCCUCAAAGAUACAAGCUUGUUCGAGUUGUGAAUGAGACUUUGAAUCACUCGAGCUAUAAGUUAUAAGCUAUAACUUUUUGGAGAUACUCUGGAAGUUCUGUCAUCAGUAAAAAAACUGAAUGAGUUUCAUCAUUGGCCUACAGAUUCAGUUUUGACAAGAUUUUCUUCCAAUUCUUAUUCAAUUCUCGUUGUUUUUCCAGAGAAUUCAGAUUCAGCGCUCGAAUCAUACCUAGAUAGCUUUCUUUUUAGAUGAAGUCAGACUGGCCUUGGAGCAGCUUUAGUCUGAGUUUGUAAGCAUUCCAAGGAUUUCUUGUACAUUUCUUUAUUGGCUUAAAUGUUGACAAUGACAUGUUCAUUCUCAACCUUGUGCUUGGUUAAUGAUACAAGCUCAACUCAAGUUUAACGUAUUUGCUUGUUAUAGAGCUUUUGAUCUUGGUAACUACUUUUUCCCAGGGUAACGUUGAACCAUUGUAUUUAUUUUCCUUUGACCUAUAUAUCUGCUUAACCUUCAUAAAAUCUUUAGGGGUAAACACUAAGACUUUGCUCGCCAUACACGUCCUUUAUCUCCUCUUCAUUACAGAACUUUUCCCUUUUUUCUCUCCUUAAACACGCUCCUCCUCUCAUCCAUUUUUUUUUCAAUUGAGAACUAUAAUGAAAAACUUCAUGGACCACUGUUGUGAUGACUGGUAUUUGAUUUUUCACCUGUAAAUACUUGUACAAAGGGGACAAUGUCAGUUUGCUAGGAGGCAUGGAGAAUACAAAUGUAACAAAAUAUAAAAUGUUCAAAAUAAAGAUAUGGAAGGUUAAAAUACUUUUUGAUAGCCAGACUGUUGUGAAAAAAACAGUUGAGUGUAAAAAUAUUUAAGGCUGUAUUAUAAGGAGAAAGAGCUUAAUGUAUUUGUUGUGAAUAUGAAAAACUGAUAUAUUAAAGAAGUGCAUGAAAACAG